UAUUUUGUAAACAUAGAAGUUUUAUUAUAAGCGGUGAAAAUUGUAGUUUAUAUACAAUAAAGAGCGCAACUUUAAUGAUUUGAUAUAUUUGAAGGAACUCAUUGUGAAUAUAAUUGCUCACUAGUUUUGGUACAUAUCAGUCAAAAGAGAACUUUGUAAGUAGUAAAAUAGAACAAGGGAUUUUAGUAGAUGUCAACAACCUCCGAAAGUGGACGUGGCUGGUACGGCAUUGUAGUACCUAACUCCUAAGUAAAAGCUCUGUGAUAUUUCUGUGCAUUUACGUUUGGCAGUGAAUUUGGACUACGUAUAGUAGCUGAGAUUUAAGCAGGCAUAGAAGUACUAUAACAGUUAUCAGAAUGGGGUUUGAUAAAGGGGGUCAUGCAAGGUAUUUAAAAUAUGUGAGUCUUGUAACUCUAACAGUGCAGAAUUCAGCUGUAGCAUUAAGUAUGCGCUAUGCUAGGACAAGAGCAGGAGAUAUGUUCAUUGCGUCGACAGCUGUGGUUAUGGCUGAAUUUGUCAAGCUUCUUGCUUCACUGUGUUUAGUGUUUAAAGAUGAAGGUUCUUUGCAACAUUGGUUUAUGGCCUUAUACACACAAAUAUGGCAGCAGAAGAUGGAUACUUUAAAAGUUUGUGUACCCUCUUUUAUAUACCUUGUUCAGAACAACUUGCUUUAUGUCUCAGCAUCUAAUCUGGAUGCAGCUACAUAUCAGGUCACCUAUCAAAUGAAAAUAUUAACAACUGCAAUGUUUGCAGUGAUCAUAUUACGGAAGCAGUUGAAGGGGACACAGUGGACAGCACUUGUACUUUUAACAGCUGGUGUGGCAUUGGUUCAACUCUCAUCAUCAGAUAAAGGAUCAUCUGGAUCAAGUGAACAUCAGAAUCGUCUUCUUGGAUGUGUGGCUGCGAUAUCAGCAUGUUGUUGUUCAGGAUUUGCUGGGAUUUAUUUUGAGAAAAUCUUGAAGGGAUCAGAUGUUUCAGUCUGGGUUCGAAAUGUCCAGCUCUCUUUCUUAUCCUUACCUUUAGGACUCAUGACGUCUUUUGCUAAUGAUUCUUCAUUAAUAGUUGAUAAAGGGUUUUUUUUUGGUUAUGAUGCUUAUGUUGUGUACCUGGUAGUUUUAAAUGCUGUUGGAGGGUUGUUAGUUGCAAUGGUAGUUAAAUAUGCAGACAAUAUUCUAAAGGGUUUUGCAACGUCAUUGGCAAUUGUGUUGUCUACUAUAGCAUCAGUCUUUAUGUUUGAUUUUGUCAUAACUUUUCAGUUUGCUGCUGGCACAGCUCUUGUGAUUGGCUCUAUCUUCCUGUAUAGUCAUGAGCCUAAGACACCUGCAGCCAACCCCAUGAUGAAGGUGAUGUAAGCUGAUUAGGCAUCAAUAUACUGCUGAAAUCCAAAUGGACUUAAAAAAACAUCAGUUUUUUGCAGUUGGUAUGCCUAUUUCACAAAUGGCAUCUUAGUUUGUUGAAAGUCAAAAGGAAUUGUUAAAGAAUUAGAGAGAAAAAAUAAGGUAAUGGUCUGUACGGUGCCAAUCAAACAAAAUGAAUUAAGAAGAAUCAUAGUCUGCAGCAUAAGUUUUAUCUAAAUUAAAAAGAAUAGCAUGGAGAAUCCCCACAUAACAGUGCAAUGUAAUUAAAAGCUAUCAGUUUAAUGAAAUCCAGUAAGUUUAUUUUGGCAUUAUAGAAGGAACUUUAUUUUUACAUUACUGUAUAAAAGUGUUAUAUGAAUCCGUGGGUUGUCUUAAUAUAAACUAAAGCAGGUGAUGAAUCCUUUUUUGGGUAUGUUUUAAGUCUUAAGUCUUCAUAGCCUUUUUUUUUUUUCAUUUCAUUCUUUAUGGUCCGUGUUUUUAGAGUUAUGUACCUAAAUUCCAUAUACAUACUAUCCAUCUUUCCCUUUCUUUGUUUACAAGUAUGGUUUGCAGUUUUUUCUUCAUAACCCCGGUGAUUGAUUAUAUUCCUACUAUGGCUGUUCACGUUCCCAGGAUCACCAGUCUUUUGUUGUUAGACAGGUGAUCAUCUCACCACACAUGCACCCUCAGUACUAUCUGAUAAUCUCAGUUGCCAUGAUUCUGCUGUACUGUCAAAGCUCUGCCAUCAAUCUCCAGUUGUUUUGUUCUGGAUUGCUUUCUGUUGCUUGUUACUAAUUUAUUUUGUGUUUGAAUCAUGUAUUCCUGCUACUUCUUUACUGUGAUGCUAGGUGAUAGUAAACCCAGUGUCACUUGUUGUUUAUAUCACUGUAACUAGUAGUGGUUACUGAUUACAGUAAUCAUGUUUUUAGGCCUACUGAGAAAGUUACCUUUUUAGCAUUGCUGUUUCAUUCCUGCUUUUACUUUUAAGUGUUUAGUGCACAGUAUAUACCAGUAGUCUCCAAAUUGGUCAACAUCAACCCCUGACUACCCAAGACAAUUAAAAUUAGAAUAUCAAAUUUAGGCCAAAGACCAUGCACUGAGGCCUAAAUUGAGAGUAAAUAAGGUUUUAAAGGUUUAAGAGGAUGAAGACAUUGUAGUUACACUAUGAAGCAUCUGUUAAGAGAGGGUGGAGUGAGAUGGAAGAAAGAUAGGAAUAGAGCCACAGCAAAGAUGGGAAAGGGGUUGCUGCAAAGAACCUUAAGUAAUGUCUACAGUGUAUUUCGGAAGUCACUUAAAGCUGUUUGUCCCGUUGCUGAAUAACCACUAGUUCUGUAAAAAGCACCAUACAAACAAACAGAACACUAAGAUCAAUUAUGAACUUUAGAGUUCACAAGAUCACAUCUGUAUGUGUAACAGCAAUAUAUAAAGUGAUUAAAUAAAUUUGAAUUACAACUUACUGUUGCUUA